GGGCUCCCGUGCUCCCGGGCGGGGCGCUGCUAUUUCUGUCCCCGCGGCGGGAAGCAGGGGCGCCGGCGCCAUUUCGCUCCCAGCCGGGAAGCACCAUGAGCACCGCGGCCUUCCACGUGGCGGGGCUGCUGGAAAAGAUGACAUCCAGCGACAAGGACUUCAGGUUCAUGGCCACCAGCGACCUGAUGGCGGAGCUGCAGAAAGACUCCAUCCAGCUGGAUGAAGACAGCGAGCGCAAGGUCGUGAAGAUGCUGCUUCGGCUCCUGGACGACAAGAAUGGCGAGGUGCAGAACCUGGCUGUGCGGUGCCUGGGUCCGCUGGUGGGCAAGGUCAAGGAGUGCCAAGUGGAGACCAUCGUGGACGCCCUCUGUGCCAACAUGCGGUCCGACAAGGAGCAGCUCCGGGACAUUGCUGGCAUCGGCCUCAAGACUGUGCUGUCGGAGCUGCCCCCUGCAGCCACAGGCUCCGGGCUGGCCACCAGUGUGUGCCGGAAGGUCACGGGCCAGCUCACCAGUGCCAUCGCCCAGCAGGAGGAUGUGGCGGUGCAGCUGGAAGCCCUGGACAUCCUGUCGGACAUGCUCAGCAGACUGGGCGCUCCGCUGAGCUCCUUCCACGCCAGUCUGCUGCACUGCCUGCUGCCCCAGCUGAGCAGCCCGCGCCUGGCUGUGCGCAAGCGGGCGGUCGUCGCGCUUGGACACCUGGCGGCCACCUGCAACGCCGACCUCUUCGCGGAGCUCGUCGACCACCUGCUGGAGCGGCUGCCCGGCCAGCGCACGCCCGCCGGCUCCGCCGCGCUCCGCACACUGGUGCAGUGCGUGGGCAGCGUGGGACGCCAGGCGGGACACCGGCUUGGGCCCCACCUGGACCGCCUGGUGCCGCUGCUGGAGGAGUUCUGUGGCCUGGAAGACGACGAGCUCCGAGAGUCCUGCCUGCAGGCCUGUGAGGCUUUCCUGAGGAAGUGCCCCAAGGAGAUGGGGCCCCACGUGCCCAGCGUGACCAAACUUUGCCUCCAGUACCUGAAGCACGACCCCAACUACAACUACAACAGUGACGAGGAUGAGGAGCAGAUGGAGACAGAGGACAGCGAGUCCAGUGAGCAAGGCCACAGACCUCCUGUCUCCUUCCCGCCAGAGACCGAGGAUGAGUACAGCGACGAUGAUGACAUGAGCUGGAAGGUACGGCGGGCGGCGGCCAAGUGCUUGGCAGCCCUGCUGGGCUCGAGGCCUGACCUACUGCCCGAGCUGCACCACAGCCUGGCGCCGGCGCUCGUGCACAGAUUCCGCGAGCGAGAGGACAAUGUCAAGGCCGACGUGUUUGCUGCCUACAUCGUGCUGCUGCGGCAGAUUCGGCCGCCUCAGGGCUGGUCAGAGGCGGUGAAGGAGCCCACUCCCGCAGGCAGCAGCCUCCAGGUGCUGCGAGGACAGGUACCCCUGGUGAUCAAGGCCCUGCAGCGGCAGCUGAAAGACCGCAGUGCCCGGGUACGCCAGGGCUGCUUCAACCUCCUGGCAGAGCUGGCAGGCGUCCUCCCGGGGAGCCUGGCCGAGCACAUGCCCGUGUUAGUGUCAGGCAUCAUCUUCUCACUGGCUGACCGCUCCAGCUCCUCCACCAUCCGGAUGGAUGCCCUGACCUUCCUGCAGGGGCUGCUGGGCACAGAACCAGCUGAGGCCUUCCACCCCCACCUGCCCAUCCUCUUGCCACCAGUGAUGGCCUGCGUGGCCGACCCUUUCUAUAAGAUCGCGGCCGAGGCCCUGCUGGUGCUCCAAGAGCUGGUGCGUGUGCUAUGGCCACUGGGCAAGCCUCGGGUGCUGGACCCUGCGCCCUACGUGGCAGAGAUGUCUGAGGCCACGCUGGUACGGCUCCGUGCCACCGACCUGGACCAAGAGGUGAAGGAGCGGGCCAUAUCCUGUGUGGGCCACCUCGUAGGCCACCUGGGUGACCAGCUUGGGGACACCUUGCAGCCCACACUCUUGCUCCUCAUUGACCGCCUGCGAAACGAAAUCACUCGGCUGCCUGCCGUCAAGGCGUUGACCCUGGUGGCUGCGUCCCCACUGCAGCUUGACCUGCGGCCCAUCCUUGCCGAGGUGCUGCCCGUUCUGGCUUCAUUCUUGCGCAAGAACCAGCGGGCAUUGCGACUGGCCACACUGGCCGCUCUGGAUGCCCUGGCCCAGGGUCAGGGCCGUGGCCUCCCACCGUCUGCUGUACGGACCGUGCUGGCCGAGCUGCCUGCCCUGGUCAGCGAGAGCGACAUGCACGUGGCCCAGCUGGCCGUGGACUUUCUGGCCACCGUGACCCCGGUCCAGCCGGCCUGCCUGGCGGAGGUGAGCGGCACCGUGCUGGCUGAGCUCCUGCGGCUGCUGCGCUCUCCGCUGCUGCCGGCCAGCGUGCUGGUGGCUGCCGAGGGCUUCCUGCAGGAACUGGUGGGGACCCGCCCCCCAUGCGUGGCCUACACCGAGCUCCUCAGCCUGCUCACUGCGCCUGUGUACGAGCAGGCUGGGGAUGGCGGACCAGCCUUGCACAAGCAGGUGUUCCACUCGCUGGCCCGCUGCGUGGCUGCCCUCUCGGCUGCCUGUCCCCAGGAGGCAGCGGGCACAGCCAACCGCCUGGUCAGGGACGCCAGGUCGCCACACUCCAGCACAGGGGUCAAGGUGCUGGCCUUCCUGUCGCUGGCUGAGGUGGGCCAGGUGGCCGGGCCAGGCCCCCAGCGCGAGCUGAAGGCUGUGCUGCUAGAAGCCCUGGGGUCACCCAGCGAGGACGUGCGGGCCGCAGCCUCCUAUGCACUGGGUCGUGUGGGCGCCAGGAACCUGCCCGACUUCCUGCCGUUCCUGCUGGCGCAGAUUGAGGCCGAGCCUCGGCGCCAGUACCUGCUGCUACAGGCGCUUCGGGAAGCGCUGGGGGCUGCGCCACCUGACGGCCUGAAGCCCUAUGCUGAGGACGUCUGGACGCUGCUCUUCCAGCGCUGUGAGAGCACCGAGGAGGGCACCCGGGGCGUGGUGGCCGAGUGCAUCGGGAAGCUGGUGCUUGUGAACCCCUCAUUCCUCCUGCCCCGCUUGCAGAAGCAGCUCACAGCAGGUCAGCCGCACACCCGGAGCACCGUCAUCACAGCAGUCAAGUUCCUCAUCUCGGACCAGCCGCACCCCAUCGACCCCCUCCUGAAGACUUUUGUUGGGGACUUCAUGGAGAGCCUGCGGGACCCGGACCUGAGUGUGCGCCGCGCCACUCUGGCCUUCUUCAACUCAGCAGUGCACAAUAAGCCCUCGCUGGUUCGGGACCUGCUGGAUGCCAUCUUGCCGCUCCUCUACCAGGAGACCAAGGUCCGCCGGGACCUCAUCCGAGAGGUGGAGAUGGGGCCCUUUAAGCACACAGUGGACGACGGGCUCGAUGUGCGCAAGGCGGCCUUCGAGUGCAUGUACUCCCUGCUCGAGAGCUGCCUGGGCCAGCUGGACGUGAGUGAGUUCCUGAGCCACGUGGAGGAUGGGCUGAAGGACCACUACGACAUCCGGAUGCUGACCUUCAUCUUGCUGGCUCGGCUGGCAACGCUGUGCCCAGCGCCCGUUCUGCAGAGAGUGGACCGGCUCAUCGAGCCGCUGCGGGCCACCUGUGCUGCCAAGGUCAAAGCCGGCUCCGUGAAGCAGGAGUUCGAGAAGCAGGAUGAGCUGAAGCGCUCGGCCAUGCGGGCGGUAGCGGCCCUGCUCACCAUCCCCGAGGCGGGGCGGACCCCCAUCAUGGCCGACUUCGCCGCCCAGAUCCACUCCAGCCCCGAGCUCGCCGCCCUCUUCGAGAGCAUCCAGAAGGACCCUGCUUCGGCGCCCGGAGCGGAGCCCAUGGAGCUCAGCUAGUCCACCCGGCGCCUGGCCACCAAGCCCCAGGCCCAACCUCCAUCUGGCUGGGGACCCGGGCUCAGGGACCCCCGGCCUGGGCUGCCCCCUAACUCAGGGUAGUCACUGAAUUCCGGUCACACGGUCAGGCCUCCAUAGCCACUUUGGUGCCCUCUAAGAGGGCAGCCCUGCCCAGCACAGCGCUCAGGCAGAGGCUGCUCACACGGAGGCAGUGGUCUGGAGCCCGGCUCCCGCUCCAGCACGGAUCAGUCUAGAGUUGCAGUGUUGUGACUGGCGGCAGUGGAUCCGCCCCUCAAAGGCAUGGAGACAUUUCCUACCGGAGGAUGGAGACAGGGCGGGGCCGGCCGAGUGUAUCAUCUCCAACUUCAAAAUACGAAAUAGCACAUUGUGGUUUCAAAUGUGCAAUUCCUAGUUUUUAGUAUUUAAGACAAACGACAGGUUCAAGUAUUUCGUGUGAUACUCAAGACGAAUAAAGAAAAUUCUGUUGUUA